GGCACGAGCUUUCGUUCAUUCAGUUAUGAAAAGGCUCAAGCCUGCAUGGCUGAUAUUUGCCGCUUCUGUAGCCUAGUAUUAUCUGCAAGUCAACUCAAAAGUCAAACAUUUUUCAGCUUGAAGACUUCCCCUGUUCGCUGUCUCCUCCUCCUGUAAUUUACAAACCCAACCCAUCAUGCUCAACAGUCAAUUAACCCCAAGAAAUUUGAAAAUCAAGCAUGGCGGAUGAUGUCCGUGAGAUCUUUGUGGUUUCAGCAGCUGGGCAGGGCCAUCUUCAGCCUUGCACGCAGCUCUGCAACCACCUGAACUCCCGAAAUUACCAAACUACCCUCGUCGUUCCUUCCUCUCCCGCCAUCCCCUCCUCCUCUUUCACCCGCCAAAACCCGCUGGCCCAAAUCCUCCAUCUUACAGCUUCCCCGAGCCCACCCAGACCCGGCCCCAACCCGCUCCGCCACAAAGCAGCACAAGAGCUCCACGACCACCUCGCCGACCUUUCCAACAUUCCCGAUAUGCCCCUCCCUCUCUGCGCCAUCGUAGACUUUCAAAUGGGCUGGACCAAGGAGGUCUUCUGGAAAUUCCACGUCCCAGUGAUCGGAUUCUUCACAUUCGGCGCGUACGCCGCCGCCAUGGAGUGGGGCGCGUGGAAAGUCCGAGCAGGAGACAUCCGACCAGACGAGCUCCGCCUAAUUCCCGGCCUACCCGAUCACAUGGCUCUCACGAUUUCCGACAUUAAAAGAAGGCCAACCGGUCCGCCACGUGGCGGUGCGAACCAGCCCCCAGGCGGAGGAGGAGGGGGUGGUCCGCCUAAACCGGGAGACCGGCCUCCGUGGGUCCCAGAGAUAGAAGGCUCCGUCGCUCUGAUGUUCAACACGUGUGACUUCCUGGAACGUCCGUUCAUCGAGUACAUGAAAACCCAGAUGGGGAUGCCAGUAUGGGGCGUGGGCCCACUCUUGCCGGAAACGUACUGGAAGCCAUCCGAUUCACUGCUCCUCCCUGACCGCCCAAUGAAACCACACCACUGCCGGCAAUCAAACUACACUGAAGACGACGUUGCACGUUGGCUGGACUCAAAGCCCCGCGGGUCCGUGUUAUACGUGGCAUUCGGCAGCGAAGUGGGCCCCACAGUAGAAGAGUAUCCCCAUCUGGCCAGUGCAUUGGAGGAGUCGACCCGGCCGUUCAUCUGGGUGAUCCAAUCCGGGUCGGGUGACGGGUACUACCCAGAAGGGUUGAACAGCAAAGCGGGUGAGAGGGGUUUGAUAAUAUGCGGAUGGGCACCACAAGUGUUGAUACUGAGCCAUAGAUCAACAGGUGGGUUCUUAUCACACUGUGGGUGGAAUUCAACUGUGGAAGCCAUUGGCCGUGGGGUGCCCAUUUUGGGGUGGCCCAUUAGAGGUGACCAGUUUUACAAUGCCAAGUUGGUGGCAAAGCAUCUCAAGGUUGGCUAUGGAGUUUGUGAAGAUUUUACAGAUAUGGUUAAGAAAGAAGACAUAGUGGAAGGGAUAGAGAAGUUGAUGGGUGAUGAAGGGGUGAAGAGACAGGCCAUGGAGACAGGGAAGAGGUUGGAGGACGGGUUUCCUGCGAGCUCCGUGGCUUCAUUGGAUGUUUUUGUGGAUUUUAUUAGGCCAAAAACCAGCUCAGAAGUUUACAGAAUAGUUUGAUGGGUCAAGUAUGGUUUUUGAAGCCUUGGAAAUUUUGAUGGGGUCGUGGUAUUUACUGAAUCACUCAUCAAGAGCUUGGAGCUUGGAGCUUCACAGUCUCAGAAAAAGAAUGAAAAUUCUUGCAGCUAGCUCGUGCACAUUUGAGACGAAGCAUCCUGUCAGUUUAAGAAUCCAAAGAUGAUGGUUUACUAUUUGUAUCAAUUUAAGACUACGUGGAUCUUCUCCAGUGAGCUGUUUCUCUCAAAUUUAGAGAUUUUGGUAAACAGUUUUUCCUUCUUAAUGUAUAUGUGUAUCACAGUGAUUAUAUGUUUCUUUUAAAAAUAAAAAAAAAUUUAGUAAGUGUAUCUCGGUGAUUAGUAUUGUCUAUGUGUACUUUUAUGUCCAUGUCUGAUGAUGAGGCGUAGACUCACUGUCAACUAGGGGUGGUAGCUUUUGACAUGACGCUACGACGAGACUCGAACACACACGAAAUUACCAGGGUUGUGUUGACCAACAAGACUUUAGUUGGGCUGAUCAGGCCUGUGGGUUUGAUUCCUCAGGAUACCUAUGUAGCUAUUUACUAGAGUCUUCUGCCUCCUAAAGAUUGUAAGGUUCCACGGAGUUUUCAGUUGAGAAUCUGAGUCUGCGAAGCAGGUUUAUGGGGAACUUCCGGGUAUGCUUCGCACAGAUAUAAAUGUGAAAUAUUCACCGGCGAACAUGAAGAUGAUGAUAACUGGAUUUGGUUAGGGUUGACUAGUAUUGGAUAGGAACAAAACAUGAAGAUGAUGAUAACCGCCACCUCUACCGAAAACUAUAUCAACAUUGAUAUAGAAUCUCUAAUGAUGUAUCAUGUUAGUUGUGUGUGCUGCAUUAUUAGAUGUCAUGAAAAGCAAAAGUAAAAUGGGAUGGUUUUGGUUCGUGAUUUGGAUAUAAUGUUACAAAAUUUGGAUAUUACCUAAAUAUUUGGAUUUGUUC